GGGCGGCGGCGCCGGCGGCGCCGGCCGGCGCCGGAGCUGAGGGUCUCCGCACGGUGGUGCUCAUCCACGGCCUGGAUUCCUGGUCAGGCACCUGGCAGGGUUUGAUGGAGGAGCUCGCCAGGCGGGGAAUUCGGACCCUGGCCGUGGAUUUGCGAGGCCACGGUGAGUCGCCCUUGGGAGACCCCAAGGAUUUCUCCCCGCAGCAGUUGGCAGCCGACGUGCGCGCCACGCUGAAGGCAGCCGGCGUGCUGGAGCUCCCGGUAGUGCUUGUGGGGCACAGCAUGGGCGGGCGGAUCGCAAUGCAGUAUGCGGCUGACUAUCCCGAAGACCUCUCCGUUCUGGUGAUCGAAGAUAUGGACUGCGCUCGUCGCGUCUAUCCCAAGCUGGAAGGGGAGGAGUUGGAGAAAAGACAGACUUUCUCCCGCGACUUCCCAUCUUGGGAGGAGGCCAAGAAAGAGCUGAUGUCCUUCGGCUAUGAUGCGGAGCGGGUGGAGGGCUGGUGGACCAGCUCCACACCUCGCGUCUACACUCGAGGAACCAAGGGCGUCUGGAGCUGCAUCAAUCCUCACGCCCAGUAUCUCGCGAAGCAGACCGUCCUCAACUCCGAGCAAGGUUACGAGUGCUGGCAGAAGAUCGCAGCGCUGACGCAGUCCGGGGUGGCGAACUUCCCUGUGCACGUCUGCGUGGCAGGCCCUUCCGGAACGGUCUGCAAAUGGGAGGCGCUGCCUGGCGGCUUGCAGGACAUGGGCUCCGUCCUUCCGGCUCUCCAGCUCCACGAGUUCCCGACGGCGGACCACUCGAUUCACAACACGGCGCUGCAGAGCUUGGCAGACUUCUUGGAGAUGUGGCACCGGCAGUCUGCUGACGCGGACGAUUGA